GGACAACAAGAAGUCUGAAAAGAGGUUGUGAACAAUCAAAGAGGUUUGAGUUAUUGGGAAAAGAAAAGAGCUGCGAAGUGGUCGGUUCUUUAAAUAAAACUAUAAGUACAUUUGGGUGAGAGACGGGGCCCCUCCAUAGACGUAGAGCAUACAACUCCGUUGUAGUAAGUACCAUGAGGGCGGCUAAGCCGAAGCCCCUGCUGCGGCCGUUGCGCGUCCUCGUGUCCUCGGGGGUGCUGGCUACAACUUCUACCGGACUCCGGCUGCCGCCGAUGGAUCAAGACGAGUUUUUGACGAAGCUGGUCGCGGGUCCGCCGCCGGUGGAGGACCCGGAGAAACGGAUCGAGGAGGCGACCAAGGCCCGCGAGGCGGAGCUGCACAAGUUCGGGAAAACGCUCCCGUUUACUAUCCUGAGUAAAAACGUACCCACACCAGAGUCAGGAUAGGGAUUUUGCAACACAAACCUAGGAGUUUUGUGAGCCACGCAUGACAAGUUGCACUCUGUAGUGUAGUGCAGGUUAGCAAGUGCAGCCGCGUCACAGAUUCAUCUGCUCCUCCUGUUCGCAGCAUCACAAAUUCCAAAACACAAUUGGAAAUGGCUCUCAUGGGGAUGCGCAUUACGCGUCUUCCUGUCUUUGCAAAUCUGCAUUACAACUCUGGUGUGGGGACGUUUUUCCUCAGGAUAUUUACGCCGCGCCACGAGCCCUUCCAAAUGUUCAAGGAGAGCUGCAUGGCCUUCGUCGAGGAGAAGGCGGAAAUAUGGAUUGCAAAUAUGUCUGGGUCUGGACGAAUACACACUUGUGAUGCGGAUUUUACAAACCAUGAAAAUCUCUCAUGCACAGGCAGCAAAAGCUGGCCACUUUAUGUCACCAGAAUGGGGCAUUUGUCAUGCAGAUUCGGCAUUGCGAAAGCUUCGCGAAAUCUGUGAUGCUAGAGCUUCCAUGGCAGGCCUUCUGUGUCAUGCAAAAGCAGCAUGACUCUUCCAGACCCAGACGUAUUUGCAUUUGAUAGGAAAAAAGCGGGUACAACCCGGACCGCCUGCACUUCUUCCUCCCGAAGUGCACCUGGGGGGAGCCGCUCUGCGGGGAAAUGCUGGAAAAGCUGAAGACCGUGGUCGCCGCCUUGGCCCCGGCGCCGGCGGGAUCAUCCGCUGGAUCUGCUGCUGGAUCGGCUGGAUCAUCCGCUUUCGCACCAGAGCCCGCUCCGACACUUUCGAUGCAACCACCAGGUGGAAGCGGACAAUCCGGAUCUGCACCUUCCUAUUUUGAAGAGGGCGUCGAGGAAGUGAUGAAGGUACUGAAGAACACGUGUCGAUUUUCGCAUUAUAACUACGUCCGACCAAAUAAACUACUUUUCGAGCCUGUAGUGAUCUUCAUCUGUUUUGAAUUAGUAGUAGACGUGCAAAUCGCAUCGACAUUGCGACAAGAAAUAAAAAGGAAAAUAACUACUACUACAACAGCCUUCGCCGUUAGCGGGGUUCUGCGGGCAGGUCUUUCAUGUGCUGCAGCAGCGGAGAAUGCACGAAGCCAUCCGAGACAUUGUUGCGGAAGAAAUCAUAUGUUUUGUAAAAGUGGUGUACGUGUAGAAUCCGAUAAGAGUCCUUAUAAUUUUUGAAGGAAGCGAUGUCUGUGGCGACAUUUUGUACUCAUGUGGCGACACAAAGUUGUUUCGCCGGAAGAUGUCUUGAGGAUAUAAAAAUGCCUCAUUUUUGGAGCGCUACGCACGACAGCACUUUUGCAAAUGAUAACUCAAGCACGGCGCGGGGUCAGCGAGUUCUGGAAGUGCUGGAAGUUCAGCGGUCCCACCGGUUUAA